AGGCCGCGCCGAGCGCAGGCUCGCAGGGACGGUUUAAAGAGUCGCGCCCGCGCCGAUCUCAGCUAGUGGAUUUGACACGCUACAGCAUCACGCUUCACAAUGAACGGCUACGUGGAGACAGACAUCAAGGAGUCGGCGCUGGAGCUCAUCGGUAACACGCCUCUCGUCGCCUUCGACCGCCUGUAUACUGGACCUGGCAGGAUCCUAGCGAAAUGUGAGUUCAUGAAUCCCGGCGCUUCCAUCAAAUGUCGCUCGUCGUUACACAUGAUCAACAUGGCGAGGGAGAGCGGGGAAUUGAAACCGGGAGCGCCGGUUCUGGAGGUCACAUCGGGAAAUCAGGGUUGCGGAUUAGCUGUAGUCUGCGCUGUGCUGAACCAUCCGCUCACCCUGACCAUGUCGAAGGGCAACAGCGUCCAACGAGCGGUACACAUGGAGGCGCUGGGCGCCACGUGCGUUAGAGUUCCCCAGGUCGAGGGAACGUACGGUAACGUGACGUUGGCCGACGUGAAGGCGGCCGAGGCCGAGGGUUUGAAGAUGGUGGAAGAAACGGGAGCGUUCUACGUCAACCAGUUCAACAAUAAAAGCAACGCAGACGCCCACUACUACAGCACCGGUCCAGAAAUCUGGAAGCAGACUGGGCACCGCGUGGACGCGUUCGUGGCUACUGUCGGCACAGCCGGCACCUUCACUGGCACUUCGAGGUUCCUGAAGGAGAAGAAUCCCGAGGUGCAAUGUUACGUGGUGGAACCGGAAGGCUCCCAGCCCAUCCGGGGCUGCGAUAUCACGAAGCCGCUGCAUCUGCUCCAGGGUUCCGGCUACGGCUGCAUACCCAACAUCUUCCAGUUCGAGUACAUGGAUGGGACUCUGAGCGUGACUGACGAGGAGGCGGUCCACUACAAGAACCUGAUUGGGCAGAAGGAGGGUCUAUACGUGGGGUACACCAGCGGCGCGAACAUCGCUGCUGCUGUCAAGCUGUUGGAAUCCGGUAAACUGCCCAAAGACGCCUGGGUGGUAACAGUCCUCAACGAUUCUGGUCUGAAAUACUCAGCCACAGAAAAAAUGUAAGAUUACUUUUAAGAUAAACUCAUAUUUAGUUCUAAGAAUACUUACGUGUGAUAAUUGAAUUGCAAAUAACAAAAGGAAUGAGUGCGUUUAUAUAGUACAAGUAAUUAGUUAGUCAAUUGACGUAUACGUAUUUACUAUUAACUAUAUGUGUGCGUUAAUACUUAAUCAAAUCAAAUGUGACAA